AUGGGUAAGGAGAAGACUCACGUUAACGUUGUCGUUAUUGGUCACGUCGAUUCUGGUAAAUCUACCACUACUGGUCACUUGAUCUACAAGUGUGGUGGUAUUGACAAGCGUACCAUUGAAAAGUUCGAGAAGGAAGCCGCUGAACUCGGUAAGGGUUCCUUCAAGUACGCUUGGGUUCUUGACAAGCUCAAGGCUGAACGUGAACGUGGUAUCACCAUUGAUAUUGCUCUCUGG